AUGUCUUUCUUUAAGAAAAUCAAAUCUCAAUACGAGAUCUGGAAAAUUAACAAAUACACCCGUCGUCGGAAUGCCAUGACUCCUGACUUUGAACAAAAGGACCCUGAAUUUUAUAAACAGAAUUAUGUAAAUGGUGUAUAUUUGAACACAACCAAUAACGAGCCAUUUCGCAAAAACAGUGGAAAUGAUGAUAGUAGACAUGGUAUUAUUUGUAGCUUAGAUGGCUAG